AGGCCCGUAUUAAUAAAUAAGUCUCAAUCGUGAUGUCAAGACCGGUAUCAGUUGAUAAGUUCUCAAGAUGCGAUCAGCAUCUUAAUGUCGACGCUAAUUAAUAAACCUUUAUCAACAGUAUCUCAGAUGAUACUGCGGUUCGGAUCGAGAUAUCAAGAUAUGUAAUUUGACACUCGAUGAAAUCCUGAUGUUAAGACUUGUUACGUCACAGCGAACGAACUGUCACAUCUUUCAUUCAUUGCGUUUAGUAAUAGCUUUGAAGAACGAUAAUGUCCAACUCUGUAUGCAUAGGAAUAAAAGUUGUUUUCCAGUUUAAUUGUAUUGUAAUUUGAGGAAAGUAGAUUACUUUUUUAUAUUAUAUACAUUAUGAUUUUUUUUACCAUAAAAGAGCACUAUUUACUAUAAAGUUACGUUUAAUUUUUUUGACAAACGCACAUACCAGUGAUUGCGCGUCACCUCAUUAUAUAUAAUCUGUGGUUCUCCUUCAUGUUUACUUGUUAGUACUUAUCGGAAGUGUAUAGUUUCGUAUUUACUUACAAGUUAUUUGAAGUUAUUAAUUUUCGAUAAUGGAGUCAAAGAAACAUGUCUUUAGCCCCAUCGAAAAAAAACAUUUUCUAGAUGUACUUAAAAAGUACAGUAACGUUAUAGAAAAUAAGGAUACAGACGGAGCUACGUUAAAGCACAAAAACGACGCUUGGAUUCGUGUUACGGCCGAAUAUAAUGCUAGCCCUCUCACUACAAAACAGGCAACAGUUAAACAACUACGGCGCUUGUGGGUUAACACAAAGCAGCGUCAAAGGGAGGCCUUGACGAAAGAACGCCAACAUAGGCUAGCUACUGGAGGAGGGCCAUCUAUCAGCGAUGCUGUCGUUGACCCUGAUGUGUCCAUGGUGGCCCCAGCUCUGAUUGUUGGAAUCGAUAAUGCGAUUGAUUCCGAUUUAGUUGAAGAGUCUUCGCAGUCGCAAACACCAGACGCCGUAGAAAUAGAGCAUUAUGUUUUAGACGAUGUUUCGCAGACAUCCGUCAUUUCCCACGAGCAAGCCACCGAAGAUCAAAUAGUACUGCCUGCCUCACCAAUCCCUUCCACAUCCCAAGUAUCCCAACCCUUCAUAACAACCAUCCCACCUGCCAUCCUACCUGCACGUUCUAACACUAGAACAGGUUUAAAAAAUAGUGUGAUAGAGCAGGAGUACAAGGAUAGAUCUGUGCGGGCCACAGAAAAACACAAUAUAGAGAUGCAGAUUUUAAAAGAACAGCUAAGGGAAGCCAAAGCAAAGGCAGACUUAGCUGAACUUAUUUUAAAAGAAAAGCAAAAUUCAACAGGUCAUACCACAAACAAUUAAUGUUUAUGCACACAUUUUUAUAAUUGUAAUAAAUGAUAGUAAUAAGUUAA